AUGUCGAGAAUUCGUCACACACGGCUCAGAGUGCCUCAAUCACGCUGCUACUCUUCACAAACGCGCUUCAAUCAAGCACAAUGCCUCCAACACACCGAUAACAAUGACAUCCAUGGCUUCGAUGCCAACCAGCCUGCAAUUUUCAGAAAGGGCUUCAGUGAUCUGCCUGCUAUAUCAAGAUGGCUUACGCCUGGAGCUGCUGCAGACUCAUGUGACCUCGACAUGUCUUACUUAGAGCAGCACGGCGCAUCCACCGUUCCCCUCGAGCUCACGCGCUCAACUCCAGAUGAGCCUGCAACAUUCGAACGAUUCGAAGCCCCCCUUUCGCUGCUUCUUGCCCAUAUGGCCGGCCCUCCAACACCAGACCUUCGUAUCUAUCUGGCGCAAUACUCCCUCGCCGACCUGCCAGCUCCCUUGCAAGCCGAUUUACCCACCCCUGGGAUCCUGGCCAGACUUGGGCGCGGCGACAUCUACGCGUCAAGCCUGUGGAUGGGCAGAGCGCCGACACGUACGCCUCUGCAUCGCGAUCCGAAUCCCAAUCUUUUCGUUCAAUUGGCUGGUCAGAAGGUGGUCAGGUUGAUGAAGCCGGAUGUUGGACGCGGAGUGUACGAGCGGGCACGACUGAAGGCUGGUGGGGGUGGUAGAGCCAACAUGAGGGGUGAGGAGAUGAUGGUUGGGGCUGAGAUGCAGACGCUCGAAGAGGCUGUCUGGGACGGGCAAGAAGAAAUUAUCGAAGGCGUGGAGGCUCAGCUGUCCCCUGGAGACGGGCUCUACAUUCCUCUAGGCUGGUGGCAUGCUGUGCGGGGCACUGGUGCAGGUGCAAAUGCUUCAGUAGGUGGCCAAUUUUGUCAGAGACAUGGCUGA